ACUGCACCUGCCCAGGCAGGACCAGGGACACAUGGUCUCUCCAGCCUGGGCCCUCGAACUUAUCGCGUGCGGCCGACCGCCUCCAUCUUCCUCCACCCUGGCACUUCGCUGCGACAACCACCUCCACAACCACCAUCCAAAGACAACAACCUCCUGAGCCGACAUCUCCUAACCCGCCACUGCCCAUCGCCCUUUGCGCCUUCAACAACAGACUCGCCCGCCGCAGCCUGCGCCUCCAUCAACAUGGCCAACGACGAGUACGAUUUCCUCUUCAAGGUGGUGCUCAUUGGUGACUCUGGCGUCGGAAAGUCCAACCUUUUGAGCCGAUUCACCCGAAACGAGUUCAACCUCGACUCCAAGUCUACCAUCGGCGUCGAGUUCGCCACCCGCUCCAUCCAGGUCGACUCCAAGACCAUCAAGGCCCAGAUCUGGGAUACCGCCGGCCAGGAACGAUAUCGCGCCAUCACUUCGGCUUACUACCGCGGCGCCGUCGGCGCUCUCCUCGUAUACGACAUCAGCAAGCACCAGACUUAUGAGAACGUCACAAGAUGGCUCAAGGAGCUGCGUGAUCACGCCGAUGCCAACAUCGUCAUCAUGUUGGUUGGAAACAAGAGCGAUUUGCGGCACCUCCGCGCCGUCCCCACAGAGGAGGCAAAGGCGUUUGCUAGUGAAAACCACCUGUCCUUUAUAGAGACUUCGGCUCUCGAUGCCAGCAACGUCGAGCUUGCUUUCCAGAACAUCCUCACUGAGAUCUACCGCAUUGUGUCAAGCAAGGCUCUUGACAGUGCUGAAAACGCCCCCGCCUCGAUCAACCCUGGCAUCUCACUCAGCAAGUCAGUGGACGACUCGCCGAACAAUGCCGGAAAGUGUUGCUAAGCGGCACCCCCAACACAACGAUGAGCAUGCAUAACGGCGAGAAACGAAUUGCGACGAGAAGCCAACAUGUAGUCACGUAUAUGGCGUCAUUUGAUGUUCCCUAGGGCUAUUUCUUCUCAUUUGACUUUUGUGGUCUGUUCACGGGACAGCGCGGAUGCGUGAAUACAAGUGCAUUGUACGCUUUAUUCAUGGCGCAGCGAAGUCAUCAUCGCUGGGACUUUCGUCGUCUCUUUUGUUCAGGGCGGAUUCUGCGGCUGUAGUAUCAUGGAUCACUCUUUCUAUUUUCAGUGGCGAAGGUUCAUGCGGUACGAUCACGUCAAUCUAAUUAUUUAAACCAAA